GGUAGCAUCAGUCAAAACAAGUCCGAGACAUGCUAGCACUCCGACACAUUUAUCUCGUGCAUAGUAGUAAACGCAAGGCGAAAGGGAAAUAAGAAAGAACGGAACCGUCGGUGCCGACAGCCAGAGAAGAAAAAACUCUCCUUGCCUUUUCCCAUUCGCCCAAAAUUAUUAGAUACACGCAGAGGCAGCCAGUCAGCAGCAGGACAGUCGUUAUCGAACCAUUACAGGUGGGAGACGUGUCUUAAGUUAUUCUAGAAGCCAGCGCAACCACCGCAGAAAUUUUUACUUUUGAAUUCAUUCUGUGUAAAUUUCUCCACUGAAUCUAACCAAAUUUUGAAAUGACUCAAGUCUCCCAAAGUGACGACAUGGUCAGCAGUAAGAAAUCAACCAACGGUGGCGGACAUCACACGAAUCCAGUGCCAGAGCAAUUGCGGAUCAAAUGCGGGAAGAAACUCCACUGCCGGUACUGGGAGCCCACCGUAUCGCCCAGAGGUUUGGUCAUGCUGAUCCACGGAUUAGCAGAACAUUUGGGAUGUUAUGAAGAGCUGGGAUGCCGGAUGGCCGCCGAGAAUUUCCUGGCAUUCGGUCACGAUCACCUUGGACACGGAAUGAGCGAUGGGCACCGCGUUCACGUCGAGUCGAUAGACGACUACGUCAAUGACAUCCUCAAUCACAUCCAGCUGAUGCGCGAAGAGCAUCCGCAGAUCCCAAUCUUCGCUGUCGGACACUCGAUGGGUGGAAUGAUUCUCCUGUCGGCUGCAUUGAAGGAGCCAACGGCAUUCGAUGGAGUCGUCUUGAUGGGACCGCUGAUUCACAUCGAUCCGAACCUCGCUUCGCCUGUCAAACUCUGGGCCGCCCGAUUGCUUAGCCGUGUCACUCCUCACCUUGCGGUGAGCAAAUUGACUGUUGAACACAUUACCAGCGAUCAAGGCGAACAGGAAUUGAUCAAAAACGAUCCACUGGUCUGGAAAGGCGGCGUCAAAUGCAAAUGGGCUACAGCGACUCAUGAAUGCCUUGUGGAAAUUAACAAGAAACUGACGUCGAUGAAGGUCCCAUUCGCGGUCCUUCACGCGGAGCAAGACAAAUUAUGUAAUGUUCUGGGCUCAAAAGUCCUUUUCGAGAAAGCUCAAGUCAAGGAUAAAUACCUGAAAGUUUUCCCGGUCGGAUGCCAUCACCUCUAUCGUGAAACUCAAAUCAUCCGCCAGGAAGCACUCGAUGACACCGUUUCGUGGAUCUGUCAGCGCGUGCCCAGUCGGACUUGAGAUUUGUUUUAAGUUUUUUUUUUUUUUUAUUUUAAUUUUUUC